CUGCUGCCGUUCAUGCAACAACACGGUCCAGAAUUGACAGUUCAACAAGACAACGCUACACCCCAUACAGCGAUCUUGUGCGGUCAAAUUUACGCAGUUGUCAAAAUCUGCCGGUGACCUGUGCAGAAGGCAAACAGCUGGUUAACGAUCAAUGUCACAGUCUGUUCUCCUCGUCCAACAUGUACGGGUACCGAGUGUGUUUCCAGACCAACAUCUCCAUCACCAACCAGCUGACAUCAACCAGAGAUCUAAUGCAUACAAUAACUAGCCACUACCCUGUAAUAAACUAUAGAGUGAUACAACUCGCUAACAUAACAUCAUAUGUUCUAGAAAUGCAAAACUGUCCUCACAAAAAUAUGUACACUGUGGUGCGUUACGUGAUGUUCAUUUUCUCGAUACGAUACAUGAACAGAGAUCAAUUGGAAAGAGAUCUUAUGAAUGACAAGGCUAUAAUGAUAAACUCUAGCAUUCAUAUUAGGUACCAAGGAGGGUGUAAAGGAUCGGUAUCAGCAUUAAAGAAAGGAGACGGGUAUCACUGUUCUACGCAGUUUCACAAAUUUAAUUUCACUUAUUCGUUUGCAAUAUCAAGAAAUGGCGUGAAAAUAAAAACAGGUGCAAAAUACCUUCAGCUGAAUAAGCAGCUUAGUUGCCCAAGAGUCGUCCUGAAUACUUCACAUUAUAGUAUCACUUACCAUGAUAGCACACCCAGUACUAAGGAGAACAAAGCCUCUACAUUUCCAGUUUUAGUACUUUUGAAAACUCGGAACAUACUGAAAGAUGAAGAUUUCCAAGAGAUGGAUAAUGGAAUUGUUAUCGUCUGUCUCCGUGACUAUAUGGAUGCUACUUUCCAAAUGGCUGUUCCGUGUAACAAUCAACGUGUCGUGACGCAGACAAUUAUUCUUGGUGUUUUGUCCUUCGUUUGUACCUCGGUGUCGUUAUUCUUUUUAGCCAUGACGUUUCUGACGUAUUGCCUUUUUCCUAGUAUGCGAACAAUAGGCGGGGUCUGUAACAUGGGACUUGUAGCUACAAUGUUCGCAGCACAAUCCUUGUUUGAAUUUGGAGUGGAGCAAAAUGAAGAUGUCGUUGGUUGUCAAAUUAUUGGGAUUUUUAUUCAUUUUCUUUGGCUGGCAGCUGUGUUUUGGAUGAACGCGUGCACGUUUUUGCUUUUUCUGAAACUAUCAUUCCCGCUUAAAUGUAGAAAUGUUGGUCGCAAUCUUAUGAAAAUAUUUCCUCUUUCUGCCCUGUAUGCUAACGGGGCGUCUGCUUUAAUUGUUUGCUUAAACAUAAUUUUUAACAUUCUUUCCCGAGGUGAUAUUGGAUACGGCGGUAAUAUGUGUUAUCUUAAUACAAUGUUUUCUAAGAUAUAUUUCUUUAAGGUCCCAAUGGGAAUACUGAUAAUCAUCAAUAUUUGUUUGUUUACCUUUACAAUCUGUAGAAUACGUCACCAUGAUUCGGUAAGCAGUACACGGGAGAGUAAGAUCAAUUUAUUUUCGUGUGUUAAGUUAUCCGUCCUCACUGGAGUGGUGUGGCUGUCCUCAUAUCUGUAUGAGAUAUCCCACACGAUAGCGUUUGCCUACAUAUUUACAGUCCUUGUUGGAGCACAGGGUGUCCUGUUCUUUUUUGCUAUAGUAGUUAACAGAAAGGGAUUGUCGCUUUGGAACAAUUGCCUUGCGAACCUGACGUGCUACUGCUUUUUAAAAAGAAAAGAUUAGCUCAGUGUCGAAUUUCCU